CAGCCACAAAAAUCAAACCAAGCAGCUGCACAACACAAAAAAAAAGCAACAAGGCGCCGUCGUUUGACUUCAUAGAAGCGUCUUUUGUGGGCUCUCCGUGGCGUGUCGAGGGGUUUAGCUGACCGGCAUGGCGCGGUUUCUGUAGUUUAGGACUGUUGCAUGAUUUAUUUUCGAAUCUCGGUUUUGUAAAACGCCGCUGGCAACUGUUUAUAUUGUUUUUGUCCGGAUCUCAACAGCUCACUUCUUCCAGCUUCCCUGGUUUGUCUGCGCAUCCAUGCUUUAUUUGUUACUCACGUGCGAAUUGCUUGAUCAGUGAUCUUAAGCGACAUCAAAAGCUGCUCUUUAAAGGCUUUCAAACGUCGAUCGAUCUUGCGGGUCGAUUUGAGUCGGUCUGCUGCUGUAAGGAUGUCAUCUGUCGGUCAAACGCAAGGAAGCGCGGUUCAAGAUUCGGGGGCAGAAAUUCACAAUCAAGAAAACAUGCUCUCGCGACUACGCGGCGCAGCGAAGAACAGAAUUGAAAAUCGGGAAAAUGUCAACCCUAAACCGGGCAACAGGACCGUGCUGGGCGCCCUGGAGAACAAUCCGCGCCGACAGCCCGUGCUGCGAGGCGCUAAACAGGUCUCUGCUCCCCAAGUAAUUGUAUGUAAAUCUGAAGAAAAUGGCAGAAGCUUUGGAGAGAAGCCCUCCACAAGGCCACCUGCUUUUCAGAUCCAUGUGGAUGAGCCUGAUGGUGCGUGCUCUAAGAAACUGUCUACCCAAAGAGCAACCAUGGAUUGUUCCCCCCUCACACUAAAUCCCACUGUAACCCGCCUAAGGCAGCCCCUUGCCACUAUCGAUCUACCCAUGGAGGCCAGUUUUGAUUCUCCCAUGGAUAUGUCAAUAAUUGAUGGUGAGGAGAGGCCCACAAAUGUCAAUGAAGUCUCAGAUUAUGCAACAGAAAUACAUGCACACUUGCGGGAAAUGGAGGUCAAGUCAAAACCAAAAGCAGGUUACAUGAAGAAACAGCCUGACAUCACAAAUAGCAUGCGCGCUAUUCUGGUGGACUGGUUAGUGGAGGUGGGAGAGGAGUACAAGCUCCAGAAUGAGACCCUGUACCUGGCUGUGAACUACAUCGACCGUUUUUUGUCUUCCAUGUCUGUCCUGAGAGGGAAACUGCAACUGGUUGGCACAGCUGCGAUGCUUUUGGCUUCGAAGUUUGAGGAGAUCUAUCCCCCAGAGGUGGCAGAAUUUGUUUACAUCACUGAUGACACCUACACAAAAAAACAAGUGUUGAGGAUGGAGCAUCUGGUGCUAACAGUUCUCUCGUUUGAUCUUGCCGCUCCAACAAUCAAUCAGUUCCUCACCCAGUAUUUCUUGCACCAACCUGUGAGCAGCAAAGUGGAAAGCUUGUCAAUGUUUCUUGGUGAGCUGAGUUUGAUAGAUUGUGAGCCCUUCCUGAAGUACCUCCCAUCUCAAACUGCUGCUGCAGCUUUCUUUUUAGCCAAUCACACUAUUGCAGGUGGAUCAUGGGCGAAGGCACUCGUUGAGAUGACUGGCUACACUUUGGAUGAUCUUAUGCCGUGCAUUCAGGAUCUACAUCAGACCUACCUCGGUGCUUCUCAGCAUGCACAGCAAGCCGUUAGGGAAAAAUACAAGGGCUCAAAGUACCAUGAAGUCUCUCUCAUUGAGCCUCCAGAGAAGCUGAUGCUGAAUUAACCAGCUUGUCAACAUUGUUCAUUGGUCCCAUACUUCCUAAGGGAAUUGUGCACCCUUUGUCUUCCCUCCCUUCCCCAUAACUCCAAUAACUGAAGCCAUGGCCUCAAUUUCAGGGGAAUGGUGAGAUCUUUAGUGAUAUGUACAUUUUUAUCUGCAAUCCUUCAGGAUUGCACUUUUUUUUUUUUUAUAUAAUGCUUGAUACAACCAGAUAUUUGUACAUUAGGUAAUCAAGCAUUGUUUUAAUAUUUCAGUGUAUUCUAUUUUUAUGAAGACUCCCAGCAUUGCACUUUUUUUUUUUUUUUUUGUUUGUUUGUUUCCCAUCUUAAUUAAAGUGCUGCUGGCCUUUUUAAUGUGCUUUUGUCUUGUUUCUACUAAUGUUUGAUGCUCUAAGGUCUGCAUAAUGCUCCGAUACACAGUAAAACCAAAUGUGAGAUUACUGCUUCUUGGGUCUAGUCUUAGCACGAAACAGGCAAGUGAUUUCUCCUGUCACCCGAAUGCUUAAUGGACUUGCCCAACCUGUUAAAUUGGGUUGUUACAAAAAUUGUCAUUGUUAAAGUGCAUUACAGGGUGCAAUACAUUUCACAAAUUAAACUUGUGAUUUAUUCAAAGUUA